CCCAGACUUGAAACGCGAAACGUAGUGAAACUUGAUGUUAAUGACGAAAACGGGCUGGGAAGUGUUUGCAACAUUAUGACCCGAACCAGUCAGACUUGACCCGGCGAGUUUCAGUGACCCGGACUAAUAAACAUUUGUUUAUUCAGAAGACCAAAGCAAAACGACGACGCUCUACCUAUGACAGACGGACAGACACAGAGAAGCCCUUGCUCUAGCCACCACUGUAAGGCGACGUCGUAGGGGUGUCUUGCCGCCGCGCCACCAUCUUCUUCAAACAAUAAACACUCACUUUCCCUUACUCGGAACCCUUAAAUUUGGAGACCCACAACUUCUCAUUUUUCUGGCAAGCAGGAACAAAAUGAAGAUUGUUUCAGUUGCAGUUAGGUCACUAAGUGUCAAUUUGUCCCGUCAGUUUUAUCAGACUCAUAUGUUCAGAAGCCUUUCCACUUGGGGAUUUACAGAUAAUCAAACCAGUGAUCAGCAGGCUAACAAGUCAGAACCUCCUGAGGAGUUUGGGAAGUUUGGAGAAAAUCGUGGUAGAUUUUCCCAAUUUGAUUCCAUUCUUGAAAAGAUUAGCCAAAAGGGAAUGGCUCGACGUGGAUCUGGUUUUGGAAAUGGUGUUGGUUAUGAUAUGCCGGAUUAUCUAGAAAAGGAUGACUCAUUAUCUGAUGGAAUGGAUGAAAACCUGAAGAAUGCUGCCACAUACUUUGAAGUUGAUGAGGAUGAAGUUGACAAAGAAGAUUAUGCUUUUCGAUAUGAUGCCGAUUUCCCAAUUGGUUCAACAUAUGAUACAAAGGCGCUGGAUCUUACCAAGCCUGGUGUACGCAAGCCUCCCAUAAGGGAUGAAUUCAGUGUAACCACCAAAGAAGUUCUUAGUCAAGCAGAUUUCAGGAAUGUAAGAUUCCUGGCAAAUUUCAUAACAGAGGCAGGAAUUAUUAUCAAGCGAAGCAAGACCGGCAUUAGUGCAAAGGCUCAAAGAAAGGUUGCCAGGGAGAUAAAAACUGCUCGAGCAUUUGGCUUGAUGCCCUUUACAACAAUGGGAACGAAGUCAUUUAUUUUUGGAAGAACUAUGGAGAAUCUUGAUGAAGACUUUUCAUACGAAAUUAAGAAGCAAGACACGGAUGAGGAACCUGAUUUGGAUGUAGAUCAAGCUUAGAACAUUGGAAGAUCUACUUUUUCUUUCAUUUCUCUCUUUGGCCAAGAGACUUGAAAUUUAUUGUAAUCCCAGUUUUGCAUCUGACUUUCUUUUUUAUUACUAAGUAGCUUGUAGUUUAUACUUAAACUAAGGUUGUGGCUGGCCUAAUCCUUUUUUUGGCCUAACUGUUACUUCACAGAUGAAGUUCAUAUUAAGAAUUUUAUAAAUAAAGUAGAAGUUAUAGGUAAUUUUUUUAAAA